UCCAGAACCCAAAUCUCCUCUCUUUUCUCUCUAGGGCAGCUCAGCUCCUCAUCAUCCCGACCCCAAUCCCUCCUCCUCCGCCUCCUCCUCCGCCGCCUCAACCGCCUCUCGAACCCAGUGACUCCGACGCCGCCUCCGCCCCGGCAUCACCUCUUCCGCUGAAUUCACCGCUGAAGUCGCCGCCACUUCCUGCGAUAACAGUCUUUUCCUCAGCGGCGAUGGCGUUAAGAAGGAGCAGCAAUCAUCUGCGAUCAUCAGCGAUUCUUGAUCUUCUCACUGCGAGGAGUAGGAGUGGCACCGCUGCCUCUCGCCUCCACACUCAUGCCACCAGUUUCGGGUUUAAGGAAGUAGGAGAAGAUGAGAAAAGCAAAUUGGUAGGAAAUGUUUUCAGCAGUGUUGCAUCAAACUAUGACCUUAUGAAUGAUGUCAUGAGUGCUGGACUGCACAGGCUCUGGAAAGACAGGUUGACAUGUCGAUGAUGGAUUUCAUCUAUUCAGUUGCAUCCCUUUCCUGGAAUGAAGCAUCUCGAUGUAGCCGGAGGGACAGGUGAUGUAGCUUUCCGUGUUCUAGAAAGUAUAAAUAGUGUUAGUCGUAGAGCCAUUCAGAGCGGUUUGGCUGAUAGCCAAGAAGAUACUCGAAUAUACAUCUGCGAUAUUAACCCAAAUAUGUUGAAUGUCGGCAAGAAGCGCGCUAUUGAGAGGGGGUUUGGUGAAGAUCGCUCCCUUAUCUGGGUGGAGGGAGAUGCAGAAGCUUUGAGUUUUGAAGAUGGAUCAAUGGAUGGCUAUACUAUUGCAUUUGGGAUCAGAAAUGUGACGCAUAUAGAGAGAGCUCUCUCCGAAGCGCACAGGGUACUUAGACGAGGUGGCCGUUUUCUAUGCCUUGAGUUGAGUCAUGUAGACAUACCUAUCUUCAAACAAUUUUAUGAUUACUAUUCAUUCUCAGUAAUCCCAGCUAUUGGGGAGCUAGUAGCCGGUGAUCGAGAUUCUUACCAGUAUUUGGUCGAGAGUAUCCGACGGUUCCCCCCUCAGGAGAACUUUGCUCGUAUGAUUUCUGAUGCCGGAUUCCAGAGGGUCGAAUAUGAAAAUCUUGCUGGUGGAGUAGUCUCCAUCCACUCUGGACUGAAAUUGUAGUAGCAUACUUCAACUCCUUUUUAAUCCUUUGUUUAAAGCGGCACCAAUCAGAUGGAAACGGGGACAUUGUUUGGGCUUAUGCAUCUUUAUGAAUGUAGGCAGAUAUUGCCAUUCUUUUUAGCUUGAAUUUCCAAUUUAGAUGGCUUUUAAUUUUGUACCCAUUAGCACACAAUCCUUUUCUGCAAUCCACUUAUUUGGACGUGUAUAAUGUUAAAGAUGUUUUUUUUUUCUUUUCCCUGUAAGAUGUAUAUAAGAACACAUAUACAUGUAGGACUUCCAUGGACGUCGCUUCUUUUCCUUCGGUGCAAGCCGAUAUGGAUAUUAGAGCUUCCUAAAGAAGCCUCUUUUGGGCAC